AUGUCGCCUUUAGUCAAAUUAAUUUUUAUAGUUCUUCUUCUGAGACCAGCGCUUUUUCAAGAAACUGAAUUCCCACAGCUCAAAUAUCUGAGCAGAAUUGUUCAUAGCAUAAUCAAAGUGCAAAGAACGAAAACAAUUGUGAUUUUCAAACACCAUCUAAACAACAACUGCUCUCUUCAGCACUGGAAUCCCCAUGGAAUAGCCAUUAUACGAACUACCGAUCUCGAAAUGGUCAGGAUGAAAGGUACAUUUAAUAGUCGCGCGAUGGCUAUUGUCUGCAUUGGAAAAAGUUCACACAUUGAUCUGUUAGAUAAAGUGGCUGAGGCCUUUGACAACAUGAGACAACGGAGAAUAAUAUUGUGGACGCAAAUAAAGCCUACGAAGGAGUUUCUCAAACAGAUCUCCAAGAAAUCCACAGACUAACUUUUUAAUAUUGAUGUGCUAAAAGAUAACCCAAAGGGAGAAUUGUCAUGUCAUCGCCUAAAUCCUUUUCCAAAUGCUCAUUUUUAUCGACUGGAAAAUAUUUGGAAGCUCAAUGGAUUUUUCAAAGAUUCAGAGUUUAAUUUUCAAGGAAAGACUGCUACUAUAAAGCACGAUUAUAACUGGAGUCUAAAAGCGGGAGAAGAACAUAAAAACUUACUAAAGUUUCCUAUUACCCGAAUCGAAGACUGGGAUGUCAUUGGGUUUGCACUUAAAUACAACGUGACUUUGCAGUUCUUACAGGAAACCUCAUCAGGCAAGAAUCACUUUGAUAUUCAGUUAAGAAAACGUGUCAUAACCGAAAAUGAUAUUUCCGGGCUUACGGACUAUGUGAACCCAUUCUGUUCCUCGUCGCUAGUGGUUGUGGUUCCCUGCGGCAACUAUAUGAGUUUUCAGGAUGUUCUCCAGCAAUCUGGUAACUCUACGGAUUUCUGGAAAGGCACACCGCCUGACAAUCCUUAACCCACUGGUCAACCUAUACGCUUUUAGAGCCAUUUUGGGCCUACCAUUCCCGGAACCCCGAAGG